UAUAAUUCAAAGCGCACACUGUUCAAAGUUACUUCCUCUAUCUCACCAUUUGGGAAGACUGCAAGGACACGUUUUCAUUGUGAUCUCAACCACGUGCUUUACGAAGAAUAAGGAGUGUGAUUUGGUCGGUUGUUUUGGAACUAAACACUUUAAAUCGUGAAAAAGAAAAUCUCCUGUAUCGUGAUGGAGAAAGUGGGCUUGCACAUUGCUUGUUUGUUGAUGGUUUACAUGACAGUUUUGCCUUCUGUUGCAGCUAUAGACAUAGAAUGCAGUUUGGGUUUUACUGGAGUGUCCUGUAGAGAGAACAACACCACUCAAAAGAUAUUAAUUGGAGUCGGAGUGGCGCUCUCAAUCCUUGUGGUUGUUGGUGUUAUGACGUGCUGCUGCUGUGGUUGCUGUGCAUGUUGCAGAUCAGAACCACAGCGUUCAACUGUUGUAACCACUGUAGCUUGUUCACAACAAAUGGCAGCUUAUCCACAAGUCCAAGGAUACCGGCCUCUUCAAUAUCAUCCUGCACAGUCAGCAGUUCCCACCGUUCCGUAUCCUUAUAAUCAUCCAGUGGCAUAUCCAAAUUAUGGACAACCGCCAACCUACCAAGAAGUUUCCACAAUGAGUCAACCUCAAAUUUAUCCUGCAACACAGUCUUUACACACUCCAAUCCCUGGGGAUAAUCCAAGCUUUAUGGAUCCAGUGGAGCCACAUAAGUGAGAACCUGACCAGCUGUGCCUUCAAAGUGCGAACACCUGCUUUCAUUCCUCUCGCCAUUUUGUUUUGCAUAAUUUAACACAAGUUCGCUCCAGUACUUGGAACACACAAAUGCUGUACUAUGUCUUGGUCUUGCAAGCUAAACAAGGAGAAAAUUUCUUUAGAACAUUGAUUUGCAGUGUGGGAUUGUUCCUUCAUUCCCAUUGGAAAUGGAUGUUCAGUUAUUCGGUGCUAGCUCCAGGCAUGAUGGACCAAAUGGCCUCCAUUACCACUGUAUCUUCUACAUGUGAACAUGCAAGCAUAGGAAUUGUGAUUAUCUCUGUCUUCUUUGGACCACCCCUUCUUUUUAAACAGUGAAGUCCUAGUUCAAUUCACAAGCGGAAAUAUUUUCACAUACACCUAGUCAAACCCCUCAGGAACUUACUUGCUUCAAUCAAUGUCACCUCUUACUUCUUCUAAUUUCCAGCCGAUCUAAGCCUAGUCUGUCUAAACUUCCCUGGAUUUCCAAUUCAAGCACAGCAGCCACCUGACAGGCUGGCCUGCUGAUUUACGUAGAGAUCAGGUCCAAAGUGAAACCCAUCGGUUUUGAGUUCAUUUACAAUGCUUCAAGUUGGUCUGUUCCUGAACCACAAUAUCACAGAAUCAAGUCAGAGAGGCUUGAUUCUUCUUUAUUUAUGUGAACCCUGCCACAAUAUACAAUUCCACAAUUCCUCAGAAAGGUCCUUUUAACAAAACAUAGAAAAUAGGAGCAAGAGUAGUCCAUUCGGCCCUUCGAGCCUACACCGCCAUUCAGUACGAUCAUGGCUGAUCAUCCAACUCUGUACUGGAUUCCUGCUUUGUCCCUGUGCUCUUUUAUCCCCUUUAGCCCUAAGAAUUAUGUCCUACUCCUUCCUGAAAAUAUCAACUGUUUUGACCUCAAUGCCUUUCUGUGGCAGGAAUUCCACUGGCUCAUUACUCUCUCGGUGAAGAAUAUUCUCCUCAUAUCAGUCCUAAGUGGCCUACCCCAUAUUUUUAAACGGUAACUCCUGGAUGUGGGCUUCCUCGUCACUGGUAACAUCCUUCCUGUGUUUACCUCUUAGGAUUUUACAGGCUUUUAUGACUUAUUCUUCUAACCUCCAGCGAAUGUAAUCCUAACCAAUCCAAUCUCUCUUCAUCUAUCAGUCCUCCCAUCCCAGGAUGACAUGACAGCUUUGCUCCCUGUACAUCCAAAAGUAGGGAUUCAGAACUGGUUGCUUACACUUUUUUAAAUGGUGCCUGCUUCUGCUUAACGCCACUGUGCUCUUCCUCCUCCUCCCUCGCCCCAGUUAUGUAAAUGGAGAGGUCCAUGAGGAAUGCUAUACCAGCUCCUAGAAACUCUGUCGGGUGUGGGAGGGGUGGCAUUCCAAACAUGUGACUGAGUGCUCAUCAUACAAAAGAUUAGUGUGAAGAAGGUAAAGGAUUUUCUAAUCAGAAACCAAAAUCAGCAGUCCGUCUACUGAGUGUGGAAAUAAAUAAUUAAAUGAUCAAUUGACCCUGAUACUUCCCAGUCAUAAAACAGUUAUUGAAGCCAGACUAAUGCGAGUGGGCAGUCUUUUUUUUAAAUGUUUCAAAAAAGGGUGUUCUGCCUUUGUCGGACACCCUUAAUCCAUACGGGACGUGCCAUGACAUGCUAGGGAGUUGGCGUAGUGAUAAUGUCACGGGACUAAAAAACCAGAACCCUAGUCACUGUUCUGUGGACAUGUGUUUGAAUCUCCACCUUAGUGGGUAGUGAAACUUGAGUUCAGUUAAAAAGUUGACUCAAUGGUAACCAUCGCCAGUUGGUGUAAAAAACCCAUCUUGUUUAAUGAUGUCCUGAGAAAUCUGCUAUCUUUACCCUGGUCUGGUCUACAUGUGACUCCAGACUCAUAGCAAUAUAGUUGACUCUUAAAUGCCCUCUGUGGAAUUAAAGAUGGACAAUAAGCCAGUGAUGUCCAUGAACAAGUACAAAAUGCUCAUCCCCCACUUCUUAAACAAGUCCUCCCACCGAUGCCUGCUCUCCCCUUUGGCUGGGUUUGUAUUGGGGGCUUCCUGCCUCCACUUCCUGCAGUGACCACUGCUAAGCUCUGAUGCUGGCUUAUCAGAUUGGUUGGCAACUUGAGAGCCUCGGCCUGCAACAGCUUAUAGCUAUGGGGGGGAGGAGAAGGGCUAAUCAGGCCACCACCUCAUCCCCCUGUGUAGAAUUACUGUCAUUGUCCAGGCCUUACCUUCUAGAAUUCCAUUUCAAAACCCCUCCAUCCUCACAUUGGAAACUCAUGGAUGAGGAGUACUUUAAUGGUCCAAAAUAGAUUGAAAUAAUUUACAUCUGAUAUACCUGCCAUCACAUCGUGAGAAAAUAGUUAAUAUAAUGAUACGUUUCCUGUGAGUUUACUGUUUCUGAAGGUUUUCGUUUCAAUCGAAUCUUAUUGCUUGCAAUCUUUUCCUAGCUCAAAUCUUGACAUAUCUAAAAAUAUGUGUGUAAAUGUAAAAGUUUAGGUGCAGCAAGAAAUUUAUGCUGCAUUUAUUUAGCUUGGUGUGGUGAUAUCGCAUAUAUUUUGCUUUAGACUACUUCAGACAAUAUAUUCACUCAAUAGUUACAACUUUAAAGAGUGUUUUUGGUCAACUUCUGAUGUGCAUUUAAGAUCUGUGCCUUUUAUAGCAAUUUGGUCAUUUUACUUUUCAUUAGGUUUGAUGUGUGUGUGAUCUUUUAUAAUACUUAAGGAGACGGCUUGGUUUGUGAAUGAAAAUAAAAUAAAUAAUCAAUACUUUGCAAUUCAUGAUCUUACAAACUGUUCAAAACUU